GUAGUCGUCGUUUAAUUUGAAUUAUUAUGUAUGGAUUAAGAUACUAUAUUGAGUGAUUAUAUCUGAUUUCUGCUGUGGAUAUGUUCGAUGAUCCAGUCUCAUCAAUUCAUUGAAGUUGAAGUGUUUUUGAUUUCCUUUGGUGAUUUCGAUCUGUGUACUCGAAGAUGGUAAUAGAAUAGUCCGGUUUAAUGAUGCAAGUGAUGAUGGAUACACUUUUGUGUCAUUUCUGGUUGUCACCAAAUAAGUAUAUAUACCUAUUUUAUGGACUAAAUAUUGUAUUUUGUACGCACUCACAGAAAUAGAAUAUGAACUUUUUUGUCACUAAAUUAUCUACUCGCUAAGAAACUUAUCACCGAACUAGAAAUUUAUUUCUAGGCACUAAUGUUACAUUUUUAUUUGACUGUAAGCAUUCCACUAACUUUUACUUCCUGCCAUUAAAAUUAUCGCAUGUGAUAAUUUUAAUCGACUUGGAUGAUCUGUAACUCAAUAAAACAAAGUAAAUUAAGAAAACACCCAAAUCAUGAGUCAACAACUACUGUAUGCCAAGAAAUCAAAGCGUGAGUUCAGGAAGCCCAAGUGGCUUACUUGGGACACAUCAUUUCUAAGUAACGAGUGGCAGAGGAUCACAAAAAACUGGAUGACAUGCUUUCCUGGCCUGAACCAUAGAGUUUGAAGGCUCUAAGAGGGUUCCUGGGACUAGGUGGAUACUAUAAGAAUUUUUCCAAAUGUAUGGCAUUAUAGCAAAGCCUUUGACUGAUUUGCUUAAAAAGAUAACUUCCAUUGAGAUGAACAUGCUUUUGUAGCUUUUGAGCAACUAAAGCAGGCUAUGACUGCUACACCAGUGCUUAGACGACCAGAUGUUAACCAAGAAUUUACUGUGGAGUGGGAUGCUUGUAACGCUGGCAUUGGAGCUGUCCUAACACAAGAAAGUCAAGAAAUGGACUCCUUAUUCGAUGGUUAAAUAUUUUUCAUCAAGAUAGAACAUUGGGUUAUAAAGUUUUUGGCAGUACAGAAAAUUAGUAAUCUUCUGCAGCAGAAGUGGAUCACCAAAUUUGUGGGUUACAGCUAUACCAAUUUUUAUAGGAGAGGGACAGACAAUACAGUUGCUGAUACUCUGUCCAGGAGGCAUGAGGAGAAUAAUGUCCAAUUUGAUCAGUCUGAAGUUUCCCCUCAACAAUGAGGACAUGGUUGUUAUGAAGGAGGGAGGAUUUGUUAUGAUUCCAACAUCAGUAUUAGCAUUGUGUCAUAGUACUAAUUUGGUGUUGUCAUCAGUACUGUAGUAAUUGUAAGGUGCAAACUCAGGUACAAAUCGUAUUUACAGUCUGGAGAGCGCUGUGAUCAAGUAGUAAUUGCUAAUCAUCUUACUGGACCUAUUUCAAAAAUGUAUGCAACUACUUGUGAAAAGUUUUCAGAAGAUCCACCAAUGGCAGAUCCUGUUUCUGACAUGUUAGUCGAUUCAUUUGGAAGGCUCCACACUUACUUGAGGAUCUCCUUAACAGAACGCUGCAAUUUACGUUGCCAGUACUGUAUGCCAGCUGAAGGUGUUGAACUUACUCCUAGCGCUCGUAUACUCUCGCAGAAUGAAAUAGUUAGGUUGGCAAAUCUAUUUGUCAGCUCGGGAGUAGAUAAGAUUCGUUUGACCGGUGGCGAGCCAUCUAUAAGAAAAGAUAUUGAAGAACUAUGUCAAAGGCUGUCGAACCUAGAAGGGCUAAAGACCUUGGCCAUGACAACAAAUGGUAUUACUUUAUCAAAGAAACUUCCGAAGCUUAAAGAAUAUGGACUUAAUUUGGUGAAUAUUAGCCUGGACACAUUGAUCCCUGCAAAAUUCGAAUUUAUGACCAGGCGUAGAGGGCAUGAUAGGGUUAUCGAGUCAAUAAACACUGCAGUAGACCUUGGCUAUAGUCCUGUUAAGGUGAAUUGUGUUGUGAUGCGGGGAUUCAAUGAAGAUGAGAUAUGUGAUUUUGUUAAGCUGACACAAGAUAAACCGAUAAAUGUACGGUUUAUUGAGUUUAUGCCUUUUGAUGGAAAUGUUUGGAAUGUCAAGAAACUUGUACCAUAUUCUGAGAUGUUGGAGAGAGUGGAGAAACAAUUUAAGAUCGAAAGAAUUAAGGAUCAUCACACAGAAACAGCCAAGAAUUUCAGGAUAGAUGGGCAUCAGGGCACAGUUUCCUUCAUCACAUCGAUGACUGAGCAUUUUUGUGCAGGUUGCAAUAGGUUACGGCUAUUAGCUGAUGGUAAUUUUAAAGUAUGCCUUUUUGGUCCCUCAGAGGUUAGUUUGAGGGAUCCUCUUCGGAGUGGCGUUGGCGAUGACAAACUGAGGGAGAUCAUUGGAGCAGCGGUCAAGAGAAAGAAAGCGUCGCAUGCUGGAAUGUUUGACCUUGCGAAGACACCGAACAGACCAAUGAUACACAUUGGGGGCUGAUAUUCUUAGAUUCUGUUCAAGAAAAUUAAAUUGCUAAUGCAGCACACAUAUGGGGAUACAUACUUCGUUUCGUUCAUCAUACAGUACAGACAAUUACAAACACAAUGGGAAGACCAGCUAAGAAAAUGAAAGGAAAGCAAGUAUGGCUCACUUUUGUAACAAAAUACAUGCAGGCUGCAUCCAGCUAAAAGCUAAAUAAUCUAUAAAUUCCUAUAUCUAAUAUUAUGUCAAUUUCAAAGUUUUGUUGUAAUAUCUAUUAAUCCGUUUACAAUAUCUAUAAUAGGCAUACCAGGCAAACUCAACUGAAAUGUUGAGUGUAUACCAUUUAAAAUGUUAGACGUGUUGGAUUGUUGUGCUGCA